AUGGCGCCUCCUCCUCCGUCGAAUGGCUCAUUGGUCGAGAGGCUGAAGUCUCUCGCUCAGACGUUGCAGUUUGCGUGGUUCAUUGGGCAUGUGACGCUGCUGGGUGCUGUCUUCCGAUACCUCCUCUCUUAUGUCACCUUCAACUAUUACUCCGGUGCUGCCCAGGUGUCUUAUCGCCUUGCGUUCGUAUCUGCCGCUGCGACAUACGGAAUCGUUGUGUACAAGGGUCAUAUUGCACGUGGUCGACUCCAGGGCAGUCUGCCCAGCGUGCUGCUAAAGCUCGCUGGCGAUGAAAACGUUCAAUAUCUUGGUAUGGCCUUGGUGUGGCUCUACUCUCGCCAGGUUCCUCUUGCUCUGCUGCCGUUCAGCAUUUAUUCGAUCUUCCACGUUGCCACGUACACUCGUGCCCAUUUGAUCCCCACCCUUCAGCCUCCUAGUGGCCCGGCGGGAUCUCCUGCUUCGCCCAGCGGCUCCCGAUCCGGCGCGAAGCAAUCUCCCUUGGCCGAAACCAUUGGCAGAUUUGUUAAGCAGUACUAUGACGCCAGCAUGGAUCUUGUCGCUGGUCUGGAGAUUGCCCUUCUGUUCCGCCUGGCAGUGGCCAUUCUCACCUUUUCCAAGGGAAGCAUCCUACUCUUCUUCAUCUACCUGGCUUUCUUCCGUGCACGCUUCACUCAAAGCACCUUCGUUCAGCAAUCCGUCCGUCAUUUCAUCGCCAGAGUCGAUGCUUCAGUGUCUCAUCAGAGUACUCCCCCAGCGGUCCGUCAAGCUUGGCAAGCGUUCAAGGACGGCGUGCGCCAGGCGUAUCAGGCUACGGAUGUCAGCCGCUUCACCUCUGGAACGGGCGCCAAGAAGCCCCAAUAA